CCCAUCUCUCUCAUCUGACAGACUUGACAAGGGCUCUCAGAGCGGGCAGGGUUUCAAGGGGAAAUGGCUGGUUUCCUCUCAGACCUGGUUCAAUACCGGAGGCUAUUGCUAAUGAUUAUGGUGCUGGGAAUUGGUGGAACCCACCUCUCUGGUUUUCAAAUGUCUGUGAUAAAUUAUACUUCUCCGUACAUUCAGAAAUUUAUCAACGAAACUUGGCUGGAGCGAUACGGUUCUGUGCUGCCUCAGGAGACCCUGAUGUUACUGUGGUCCCUCAUUGUGUCUGUGUACUGCAUAGGUGGGAUGAUAGGGUGUCUGUGCAGUGGGUACCUGACUGCAAAAUUCGGAAAGAAGAAAUGUCUCCUGUUCAAUGACGUGGUCCUAAUAACAGCCACGCUGCACACUGGCUUCAGUAGGAGAGCCAAGUCUUUUGAGAUGAUCCUGGCAGGGCGCUUCCUCGAGGGCAUCGGUGCUGGAAUACAUAUGAAUGCCCAUGUUCAGUAUGCUGGAGAGAUCUCACCUAAGAAGUUGCGUGGAUUUAUAAAUGUGACCUCGACAGUGUUUCUUGCACUAGGAAAAACUGUAGCAAGAAUUCUUGGAUUAAGAGAUCUUUUAGGAACUGAAGACAUGUGGAAUGUGCUAUUGUCCUUCUCUGGACUGGUGGCAUUGAUUCAACUGCUCUUUUUACCAUUCUUUCCUGAGUCCCCGGCCUAUCUUUUGCUGCAAAAAGACAACAAAGCUGGUUGCUUGAAAGCCAUGAAGCAACUCUGGGGAGAAGGGAACUAUCACACAGAAUUUGAUGACUUGAUGAAGGAAAAGGCUAUAACAAAAGGCACGAAAAUCAUGAAUGUCCUAGAGGUGCUGAGAGAACGAUCCGUGUACCCACAGCUGUGUACCAUGGUCCUCCUUCUACUGAGUCUACAGCUCUGUGGCCUGAGUGCAAUCACCUUCUACACCUCAGAAAUUUUUCGGACAGCCAAUCUGCAGGAAAACAUAAUUCCAUAUGUAUCUCUAGGAGUUUCAAUCUCUGAACUCAUCUCUAUCAUAUUCUGUAGCUCCAUAAUCGAUCGGUUUGGACGUCGAAUGCUCCUGUGUGGUGGUUAUUUGCUGAUGGCACUGAUACUGGUGUUGCUUGAAACGAGCCUUCUGCUGAGCGAUCAGUUCCUCUGGUUGCGUUAUUGCAGUGUUAUUCUCAUAUUUUUAUUCAUCAUUGCUUAUGGACUAGGACCAGCUGGAGCUGUUGUGUCUGUCAUGAAUGAAGUCUUCACCCUCUCAACAAGGGCAUCCGCUUUUGUAAUUGGUGGAAUCGUCAUUUGGCUAGGCCUCACAUUCACUGGAAUGAUUUUCCCCUUUGCUGUAAUGCUUCUUGGUCCUUUUUGCUUCCUCAUCUUUAUUGCUGUCCUGGUCAUUUCAGCGGUUCUUAUCUACCUGUUCCUCCCAGAAACAAAAGGGAAGUCAACCUCUGAAAUCACAGAAGAAUUUAAAACCUGCCACUUUAAGAGGAAACGUCAUCAGGCUGUGGAGAUGAAUGCCGCUGAGGAAAAGACAUUUUGCACCAAGCUCUGAUAAGCCACCAUAAGUAAUUUCCACUGUUCAGGCAUAACACAUCCGUUGUAUUUCAAGUCUUCCUCCAUUGCUAUCAUUUUAAAGCAGCAAGAUUUGUGUCUAUGUUUCUUACUUUAUAAGAAGGUUCUGCUCAGGAUUAAGAGCAGGAUGAAGAGAGGAUUAAACAUAGGCAUAGUUCUUGCAAACAAUUUUCAUGUCAUCUCUUUUUGCUAUCACACUCUAAAGGACUUAGUAUUGAUUACAAACACUGCACAUGCAUAAACAUGUAGAAUAACAACUUCUAUUUCUGUGAGCUGACAUCGAGUAACUGUGUGUCCUGAUUGUCUCUAUGACUGUCAGGGAUCAGCCCUGAUCCCUGGGCAUUUGGUACAGACAAACUCUCACUUGCAUCCUCUGGAGCAAACUGACUGCACUCUCCAUGCAUAUCAGUUGUAGCAAAAUCAGGAGGAAGUUCUUGUAAUACAUUCUGGUGCCUCAUGGAUGGCACACAGGUUAAUAAAUACACAUGCAGUGCUGAGAGCUGGAAGACAAGAGCCCUGGAGAGAUACAGAGAGUAAGACUUUGAGAGAGUACUGAGACAGCAGACAGUUUGAAAAUUCAGCCCAUUUUAUAAAUAAGUAACUGCUCAAAAAAAAAGAAGUUGUAUCUGCUAGCUUUGUACUGGCCUAGGACACGCAGCACUCUGCUGCUGCACAUCAGCACACAGUCCUACACUUUACCACUGCUGAGCUCCACCUCUGGACUGUGCUACUCAACGACUGCCGGUCCUGCUGACCACUGCAGCAUCUAAUCACUUCCCACCCCAAACUCUUCUACCUUUGUAUAGGAUGAUCAAUUAUUUUUCCUUUUUCUGUCAUGAUUACAAAUGGUAUUCCAUGCCUCCUCUUUAGCAGGACCAUAAAGUCCUUUCUUUCUGCA